UCCCAACUCUCGCAUAGUGGCAUCAACGCAUCAGAGAGAGGGCACACAGGGCAGAGAGCUCAGCUGGGACACUGACAAAUACUGAUCCGAACCCUCCGGUUCGUCCCGUGAACAUGAGCAGGGUUGCUCGACUUCUUCGGCGGACGUUCGGGAUUGUACGCGAGCACGUCGGGACGGAUAAUCUGGGGAACAAAUAUUACUCUGUCCCAGAACAGAAGACAUGGACAGGAAGACACGUCCGUGCCAAGCGGAUGGUAGAGGCAGCCAAUCCUAACGAACAUGAAUAUAUGGAAGGCAGCAUACCGAUGGAGUGGGACGCUUGGAUCCGAAGCAGACGGAAGGAGCCCCCCUCCAUCGAGGAGCUGCUGAAGAACGAGUCUUACAGGGAGCAGAUCAAGCUGAAGGCCAUUGAGGUGGAGGAGACAGAUCUGGCCCUGCAGGCGAAGGAGUAUGAGGACGGUCUGGUGGCGACUCCUGCGAGGACUGUGGCGAAGGGCCAUGCGGCCUCCACCACUUUUGGCAAGCAGGAGAUCUCUGAGGACCCGACGAGCACUGCAAACACAUUUCAGCCUGGCUCCUGGAUGCCCACUCCCAAGAAAUAGACCAGGACAAUCCUCGUACACUGAGACUGCUGUGCAAUACAUUAUAAUCCAAUAAAAAAAAAGCACUGCAAUGAAUAUUCACUUUUAUAGGAGAUUUGAGAUAUUGAUAUUUAUAUUAAUAUUGGAAAACCUUUCAGUAUAAUCCAAUCCAAGUGAGCAACUCCACAGACUAUGACCUCAGAAAUAAAAGGUCCACAGUACAUGCUGUGGGAAAUGUUAAGAGGAGAAGAUAUGUUAACUUUAAAUUGAUUGAUUUAUCUGUUCAGCCCCAUCCAUGGUGCAAUGAGACUGUAGUUACAUUAAAUACUGUGUUUAUGGUUCUAUUUAUCAUUGAGGGGGUUUCCACUUUCACCUGAGGUCACAUUUAAUGUUGACCACGGAGCUGAUGAAGAAAGGAGCUUCAAGGAAUUUUAAACACAUGCUAAAAAUAAAAAUAAAUGAACCUGGAUCCUGCAGCUGAAAA